UCCGGUGUUGCUGGGGUGAGUGUGUGAGUGUGUGUGUGUGUGUGUGUGUGUGUGUGUAAGGUGGAUGAUUAUGAUGAAGAUGAAGAUGAAGAGCUCGCUGUGGUGAGAGGAUGAAGAUGAUGAAGAUAAUGGAGGAGAGCAGCAGCAGCAGCAGCAGUGAGGAGAGUUUCUGUUCCACACAGCAGAUCGGCGGCAGUACCAGUACGUCCCAGUCUGAACGAUGUUCCCCAGUCAGGAGCCCAGUGACCCCCAGCUCAGGACCAGAGACUCCAGCUCAGCACGGCCUGGUGAGAGAGACGCCGCCUGCUAAGGAUGAACUUGAGCUGUUACAGAGGGAGGUUGUACAGGUCGAAGCUAAAGAUGUGACCUAUAUCUGUCCAUUUGUGGGGGUGUUACAUGGGAUGCUGAUGGUCACCAACUACAGACUGUUUUUCAGAUCUGUUAACCGGGAUCCUGUGAUUGUACUGGAUGUUCCUUUAGGAGUGAUCAGCAGGGUGGAGAAGAUCGGAGGAGUCUCCAGUAGAGGAGACGUCUCGUACGGUCUGGUCUGUAAGGACAUGAGGAACCUGAGGUUCGUUCAUAAGCUGCCGGAUGAUACGCUGAAGAAAUCUGUGUUUGAGGUGAUGAACAAGUUCACCUUCCCUCUCUCUCACAACCUGUCUCUGUUUGCAUUUGAGUACGAUCAGACUUUUCCUGAGAAUGGAUGGAAAGAGUAUGAUGCUCUAACAGAGUAUAAGAGACAGGGAUUGCCCAAUGAGAGCUGGAGAAUCUCAAAGGUGAAUGAUGGUUAUGAGCUGUGUGAUUCGUAUCCUGCUGCGCUGGUUGUCCCGGUAACCGUCACUGAUGAAGAACUUCGGCGUGUUUCCUCCUUUAGGGCCAAAGGUCGUAUCCCGGUGCUGUCGUGGCUCCACCCUCAGAGCCAGGCGGCGGUGGUACGCUCGGCCCAGCCCAUGUCAGGCGUGAGUGCUAAACGCUGCAGAGACGAUGAGAAGCUGCUGCAGGCCAUCAUGGACACCAACGCCCAGUCACACAAACUCUUCAUCUUCGACGCGCGACCCAGCGUCAACGCUGCUGCUAACAAGAUGAAGGGCGGAGGCUGUGAAAGUGAAGAUGCGUAUCAGAAUGCUGAGCUGGUCUUUCUGGACAUUCACAACAUCCACGUGAUGCGAGAGUCUCUGAGGAAACUGAAGGAGGUGGUUUACCCCCACAUCAACGAAUCUCAUUGGUUCUCCAACCUCGAGGCCACUCACUGGCUGGAGCACAUCAAGCUGAUCCUGUCGGGAGCAGUGAGGAUAGCUGAUAAGGUGGAGUGCAGUAAGACGUCGGUGGUGAUCCACUGCAGUGACGGCUGGGACCGGACGGCUCAGCUCUCCUCUCUCGUCAUGCUCAUGUUAGAUUCUCACUACAGAACCAUCAGUGGCUUCCAGAUACUUAUCGAGAAGGAGUGGAUCAGCUACGGCCACCGCUUUCAGCAGCGAGUGGGUCACAGUGAUCAGAACCACACAGAUGCUGAACGCUCGCCCAUUUUCCUGCAGUUCAUCGACUGUGUGUGGCAGAUAACUCAACAGUUUCCUGCAGCAUUCGAGUUUAAUGAGUACUUCCUGGUGACGGUUCUGGAUCAUCUGUACAGCUGUUUGUUUGGAACGUUCCUCUGUAACUCUGAACAGCAGAGACUGAAGGAGGAGCUGCAGAAGAGGACCGUGUCUCUGUGGUCGUUCAUUAACAGUCAGUUGGAGGAGUUUGUGAAUCCUCUGUAUGUUGAAUACGACACACACGUUCUGUUUCCCUCCGUCUCCAUCCGACACCUUCAGCUGUGGAGCACCUACUACAUCCGCUGGAACCCGCGCAUGAGACCUCAGGAACCUUUACACCAGCGUUAUAAAGAACUGCUGGCAAAGCGGGCGGAGCUUCAGAGGAGGGUGGAGGAGCUUCAGCGUGAAGUAAUCAAUCAUGCAUCUGUGUCCCCUGAGAGGGUGGGGCCAUCCUCCCCCUCCACCACACCUAUACAUUCCUGCAUCUGAUUGGCUGUCUGAGCUCUGGGUUACACAGAUCAGUUGUUUACACUAACACACACUGCUAAUGUAGCAUGCACCGCUAACUCGCUACAUCAACACGUCAUCCAGGACGUCUUAAUACUUUGACAUUACUGUAGGUUUAUUCUUCAUUAUUUCAUUAUAUAUUUAUUCAUUUACUGUAUGGGAGACCAAUUGGAAUCGACUAUAUUUGCAUACAGUGUUGGUUGAUACAGCACUGUAGAUUUUAGUAUUUAAAUUACUUUAUAAUUCACUUCACAUUUACACACAUCACGCCUGCAAACUGACUCGGGGAGAAACCAGCAGGACGGCCUGACAGCAGCAGGAACAACAGUUACACAGAGAACAAUCAGCACUGACCUGCAGCGUCUACAAUCACCUCCGUUCCUUCAGUUAACGCUAAACUCAUCCGCUAAUAAACAAGCACAGAGACGCUAACACGGCUACAAUUAGUAUAAUUACAGUUAAAAGACAUGAUGUGUGUAAAUGUGAAAUAAAAACUAAAACUAAUUAAUUAGUAAAUAUAUUAAACUAAAGUUAAAUUAAACCAAAAAACUAAACUGGUUUAAUUCCACAGUCCUGCUGGCACACAUGCAGAUACAGAAACACUAACAGCUAAUUCAUAUUUAAUAUUAAUAACUAAAACACAAGAGUUUAAACCUCAGUACCAACGGUCAGCACUACAGGACCAAUCAGAGGCUGCGGUGUGACCGUCUCAUUAUAAUAUUCAUAAGAAGCUUGGCUCUGUUUCUCAUCUCUGUAUAAACACUUGAACAAAACAGCUCAGAUCCAAAGAUCCUAAACUCUGUUAGUGCAGGAGCAUCUGGAUUUAGCUUAGUUAUCAUGAAGACUGUGUACUAUGCAUUGUGGGUAAUGUAGUUCUGUGAGGAGUUCGACUGCAUCAAACACUACCAGGUGUGAAGGACUUUAAAUGCACUAAUGAUGAUACUGCUGCUUUUAACAUUCCUCUGUAGCCUUAAUAAAUUAUAUUAACAUUUAAAACAAGAUGAAA